CUUUAUAAAAUGCGGAAACAUUUUGAUUUUAUUACUCAUUAGUUUAAUUGGAAAGAUAUUUGAAAUAUGGCCACCAUAAAUCCAGUUCUUACUGGCAAAAAUCGAUCGUGGGUAAAUGCGCCUCAAUCAAUAGCUUUGGUUUCAGAUGCUUUCAUUUUCAUCACCGGUGGCUUUAAUUUAGCCAUUAGCGUUGGCUGGACCUAUGAAAUAGUCGAUUUACACUUAAGCAUUUGUUGGUUCAACGGUGUGGCAAUCGGUGCUGUACUAGCGCCGUUGCUUACCAAUUGGAAACGACGAAGGUUUUCCAUAUUCUCGCCCAUAUUACUCGUGAACGUUUCAGCGAUAAUCAACAUGGCUGGGUACUACAAUACCGAUGCUUUGAUUGCUGCACGUUAUCUGAAUGGCAUCGGGAUCGGCCUGACGACAGUUUCGUUCAUUAUUCACGCCAGUGAAAUCGCCUCAGAACAUUAUCGUGGUUACUGCAUGGCACUGGAGCAAAUCGGUCUAUACGGUGGCGCUUAUGUACAAAUUAUAUGCACAUCAUACUGGAGUUCAGGUGUGGAUAUCAAUAUUUAUUGUCUCCAAGGCAUAUUUUCCAUAAUAUUUGGUGUGAUAGCAUUAGCUGUGACCUUCACUUCGAUCGACUCGCCAAUUCAACAUUUACGCAGAGGAGAUGAGCCGGAGGCUUUAAAUUGUGUCGUGCGUCUUUACCGACCGCCUAUAAUGACCAAUGAGAAACAAGUCAUCUUUAACAAACUUAAAGAAUAUGUGGCCAUGAACGAGUCAAUGUCACUGUGGAAGAGUUUCAUAGGGAGUCUCAUUCCACUACUGAAGGUUCUCUGCUAUCGCUGUAUGCUUUCAUUUAUCAUUGCAUUUCCGAUCACACUGACACUACAAUGGUCAGAGAGUAUAGGUACGGCAGGCUCUUUAGUCAAUUGGCCACCGACUCUGUAUGGCUUGAUUGGGUGUAUUGGUGUAUUGGUGGCAUUUACGACAUUGGAUCCCAUUGGCCGUAAGGCUGUGAGUUUAUUUUCAUUAUUAUGUGUUGCUGGUAUGUAUAUCGGUGUUGGUGUUAUCUUCAAUGAUCCAAACUCACUGUUUAACUCUACAAAAAUGGCUACCGCAUGUGCGCUAUUAAUGAUCAGCAAUAUAUUCGGUGGCAUUUUUGCGCCUAGCACAACACUAUAUCUGGGUGAGGCGUUCCCGCUAUAUUGGAAGAGUUACUUUAUCGCCUUCACCGUUAUUGUGCAAUAUGUAGUCGACCUGAUCAUUGUAUGUACGUUCACUUUUACCUCAAACAAUGUGUUCGUCUUUUGCAUUGCAACGGGUGUGAUUAUGUUUAUUGGUUGCUUGGUAUUUGCAGUCACUAUGCCAGAAACUCGAAAGAAUACCUUGAAAGAGACGCAAGAACAAUUCGCAUAUGCACUUCAUUUGAGAUUUUAUUAAAAUGAAAUUUUUUAUUAUAAGCAUUUUCUUUUAAAACAAUAUAAAAUCAGUUUAAUAAAAGAUGAAGUUCCUUCAACAGUAA